AUGGUUGGAUUACAGAACAUUAUUGACAAAACCCUUGCCGAACAGUCUGGGCAUUCUUUUAGAAGGUUUGUCGAAAGUUAUGCCACAGAUAGAAAUGGUUACAAUAACGUAAUGCUACAACGAAUGAGAGACUGUCUGGCAGCCUGGCAUACGUGUUUGGAGAUGAGGACUCUUCAGAUAUUCUCGCCUAGUAUAUGGAUCGAGGACGAACUACCGAAAUUUACGGGCCAGGAACUUAUAGAUGCCGGCAGACAGAUGUUUGGGCCACACUUUAAGUUCAAGAGGGACCAGCAACAGGCUACUUCAGAUGUGGCCAAUUGCUUCAGUACGACGGUGGCUAUUAACCUGGGAAAGACGACUUGUUGCCUCAUUGCGAUGUUGGCGGAGCUUAAUUUCAGUCGUCGCCAGUCCGAUCGACACAGAAAGAUUUACUUGGUUACGAUAUUGGUGGUACCUUACGUUUCUACACUCAAUUCCACCAUCCGGCAAUUAACAGACUUGGGGUUCAAGGUGCGUACGUUUCAUGGGGCUGAUGGACUGGUCACCGACUACGAUGUUCUUUUGAUGCUGCUUGAAGACGGCCACCUUAGAUAUCUUAAUCAGGUAGUCAGACAUUUUGAGUCCGUUGCUCAUCAAGGCAGGACCUAUCUCCGGCGGGUGGUGGUUGACGAUGCCCAUAUUUUGCAGAUGAAAGAUUUUGUGGUUGAUGGAAACAGAAAUGUACCCGUCGUAUUUUUGACAUCAUUCCUUCCCCAGGUUUCAGACAAUUCGAUGCGUACAUUAUUUAGUCUCAAUCGGUUGGGAAGGGUGUCGUCACAGGAUCCAAUAUUGCCUCACAAAGAAUUCACUCUUGUCAAGAAGCCGAAUGCCGCGUCAAUAAAUCAGACGAUUUCAUACAGAGUUAGGAGUUUGGGUUCGGCGCUUGUACUCGUUCAAUCUUAUGAAAAUGUGUUGUACUUGGAACAUCGGUUGGCUGAGGAGGGGGUUCCAUGUAUAGGUGUCUGUGGAAUUCCACAGCGCAGAACAGCUGCCUUAGAAAAGAUGGCCAGUGAGAAUAUCAAGGUCGUGGUUACUACGGCAGAAGCCAUGGUGGGUCUACAUCAGUUCGAGGCUACAACCGUGUUGUUUGCAUAUUCGAUUAGAAACCCUAUAGAAUUGCUUGUAGCCAGUCAAUUUAGCAGUGGGAAGGUGGAGAUGGUUUUGUACAACACCUGUUCGUCUGCGUUUCAACGAGAAUUGUCAAACAAUUGUGUCAACUUAAUACUAAUGAGACACAUGCGUAUGACGGAAGAAACCUGUUAUGAUGCUGGCAAGGAGCAGUGUCAUAUUUGUGCCAACAAGAGAAGAAGAGGAUAG